CAGACACAAUACAACCGCCAUAGCUCUCUUUCUUCCUUAAUUUUCCCUUUUAUAUCCUUAUAUUUCUCUUUAUUCUCUUUCUUCUUCAAAUAAAUUACUAAAAGAAAUUCCAAUUUGUAAUUUUUCUUUUAAUUUUCUGGAUUACUCCCUGACUUCAUCUUUCUACUUCUUCAUUCACCCGCGGAUUCGUUUCAGCAGAUCUGACUAGGGUUUUUGGGGGGUUUCAGACAUUGCAUGCAUAUGGGAGUUAAAUGUGAUUGCAAUAGCACAGUGGUUGCCUUGGAUCCUUUAAAAAGUCCCCUCUAAUUGCUAAUGCUGAUGUUCCGCCAAAAGGAUUGAAGAAGCGAGGUAAGGAAGCAAAGAAAGCAAGCACAUCAGAGGAUUUUUGGAUCACAAGCACGCAUGAUAUGGACAACAGUGCGGUUCACUCACAGGGAAGCAUUUCAUCAGCCAGUAUAACCAAUCCACCUGCAGAUUCUCAUGGAUCUUCAUGCAACCCUACUGAAUUUGUCAAUCAUGGUCUUAUCCUUUGGAAUCAGACUCGGCAAAGUUGGAUCGGAAAUAAAAGGUGUGAGAACAGAACCGAACAGUCACGAGAACCAAAAGUGAGUUGGAAUGCAACAUAUGAAAGUUUAUUGGGUGGCAACAAGCCAUUCCCUCAGCAUAUUCCCCUUGCGGAAAUGGUAGAUUUUCUUGUGGACAUAUGGGAACAAGAGGGUCUGUAUGACUAACCUAUACAAGACUGAUAUGAUUAUAGUUCUUUCUUCUGAAGGAAGAGGAAAAUUGAGCAUACUUUACUUGCAGUUUGUAACUUUGUAUAUCUGUUGUAACAUCAUCUUUCAGUUAACAAUGACAAGGAAUUUUAUUAUAAUUUUUCCACA